AUGUCACCCAUGCCAGCUGCUAGCGGGGCAAGCAAGAAGGACAGCGGCUUGGCGCGCACACUGGGCUCUGCCACUGCAGGCAUUGCCGAGUUGACGGUGUUUCACAGCGUUGACACGGUAGCAAAGAGAUUGAUGUCCAACAAGACGUCUGUGAAAGAUCAAGGUUUCAACAAGGUCGUCUUUAGAGAAUUCGCCAGUGCGAGUGCAGGCCGAAAAUUCCUCUCGCUCUUCCCUGGUAUCGGCUACGCAGCAGGCUACAAGAUCACCCAGAGGAUCUACAAGUAUGCCGGACAACCCUACGUGAACGACUACCUCAACGCGAACUAUCGAGGCUCAUUUGUGGGGAUAUUCGGCGAGAAGAACGGAAAGGCAAUGAUGCAGGCUACUGCUGGUAGUAUCAUCGGGAUAGGAGAGAUAUGGCUCUUGCCGCUCGAUCGACUAAAGAUCAUCAGACAAACGAAUCCAGAAGUUUUGCAAGGAAGGGGGUUGUUCAAAUUGAUCGCAGAUGAGGGCUUGGGACUCUACAAGGGCGCAGGCUGGACAGCAGCGCGGAAUGCGCCGGGCAGCUUUGCGCUUUUUGGCGCCUCUGCAGCUACGAAAGAUUUCAUGGGCAUCACAGAUUACAGCAAAGCGACUUGGACGCAAAACUUCAUCGCUUCCAUUGCGGGAUCAGUCGCAUCCAUCGGUAUCUCCCAACCUAUCGACUUGAUCAAGACGCGCAUUCAGAACCAGGACUUCAAGACAGGCACGGGUGGUGUCGUCAUCAUCAAAGAUCUGAUCAAGAACGAAGGCUUCAGCGCCUUUUUCAAGGGCUUUGUGCCAAAGGUCCUCGUCGUUGGGCCCAAGCUCGUUUUCAGCUUCACAGUAGCGCAAAGCAUGAUCCCGAUGUUUACGAACAUGGUCCGUUGUGUGUCACUGAACGGAGCACGACUGAUCGUGCAAAACCUGGACAGGGUCUAUGAUGAUCUCCAGCAAUCGCAAGGAAACACCUCUCACGGGCGCAGGACUUGUACGGUCUUCUUCAUUGUAUGCUCUACAACGGCGUGUCUACUCGUCACUUUUCUGUCUGUGCUUUCCCGUCUCACAUACGCACUCUGCACAUCUUUCAAUGGGGCUCGAUCAGAGAUGAGCUUGAGCCUUGUCAGAGUUCUCGGACGAUUUGUCUUCAAAGAUAUCGAAGCCAGCCAAGCUCGAAAAGUCUACAGCUCGCUUUGCUUCGCCGCGCUCGAUGAUGGACUGCACCUCCUGUUCGAGUGCUUGGAAAUCUUCCUUUGA